UCGCCUGUGGCUUGGGCCGAAGGCGCUAAUGCUAUGACGUCUGCCGCUCCCGAAGAUUAGCCGAUCUCUAGACGCGAUCUGCUCAGAAGCAGAAUGUUCGCGCUUAUUGCUUAUCGCGAUUCUCGAUGUCAAAAUCCGUGACAGCUUUCCUAUCGUGACAUUUGUUGCCAACUUUGAACGACGAUGCCGACCGUCUAGUUGGAAUCCAAGACAUUCACCGAAGUACCCGGGAAGCGGUCAUGGCCUCAGCCUCUGUCGCCAGGUCGACAAUGCCUGGUGGCCACGAGAAGAGCACAUCGCACGGCGAUGCCCCUCUCACCCAGUCGCGCGAGACUGGUGAUGUCAACCCCGAGUCGCGCCAAGGCGGCGCCAUAGUCAACCAGGCCAAACCGACAUCGUUCGCAAGAUCAUGGAAUCACAUGGUUGCAGGAGGGAUUGGCGGCAUGACGGCCGCGACUCUGACUGCGCCGCUCGAUGUCCUCAAGACGAGGCUGCAGUCCGACUUCUAUCAAGCGCAGAUCAAAGCUUCACGAGCCUCCAUCACGGCUCCCAUGAACCCCCUCCGAACCGUCGCAUUUCACUUCGGCGAGACCAUGUCCAUUCUCGGCACCGUAUACCGCCAGGAAGGCCCUCGGGCUCUCUUCAAGGGGCUUGGCCCGAACCUGGUCGGCGUCAUUCCAGCCCGCUCCAUCAACUUCUACACCUACGGCAAUGGCAAACGCAUCAUCAGCGACUACCUCAACAACGGCAAGGACUCGGCCUGGGUACACCUGAGCGCCGCCGCACUGGCCGGUGUUGUCACCAGCACAGCGACAAACCCAAUCUGGAUGGUCAAGACUCGCCUGCAGCUUGAUAAGAACAUGGCCGAGCGCGGGGCUGUCGUCAAGCGCAGGUACAAGAACAGCUUGGACUGCAUCCGGCAGGUACUGCGCGAUGAGGGGAUUCGCGGCCUGUACAAGGGAAUGAGCGCCAGUUACUUGGGCGUGGCCGAGUCGACCAUGCACUGGAUGCUGUACGAGCAGAUCAAGAGGUCGCUGGUGAGAAGGGAGGAGCGCCUCGCUCUCAGCGGCCGGCCAAAGAAUUGGUGGGAUCACACGGUUGACUGGACGGGCAAGUUUGGUGCCGCGGGCUUCGCCAAGUUGAUUGCGGCGGUCAUAACCUAUCCCCAUGAGGUCGCCCGCACCCGCCUUCGGCAAGCUCCUAUGGCCGACGGCCGGCCGAAAUAUACCGGCCUCGUACAAUGUUUCAAGUUGGUGUUCAAGGAAGAGGGUAUGCUCGGCCUUUACGGCGGCAUGACGCCUCAUCUGCUCCGGACAGUUCCUAGCGCGGCCAUUAUGUUCGGCAUGUACGAAGGCAUCCUCCGACUCCUCAACACGCCAGCGUGAACCGUCUCGUCGAAUGCCAGCAUUCAGUACCGUAUCGCCUCGGCACUGUGACCGCAGAGCCCGACGCGACUGUACACCGCCAUGUUCGAAUACCACCUACCUAUUAAUCCAUCGAAAAGCUGGCUUGGGACAGGCUAGGCUUGUCUACGCACUGCCACAUAGCGCGGAGUUGCACCGUUGGCCCGUCUCACAAGCGGCCACCGUGCCCCCGUCUCUUCAGCAUAACACCUCUUGUUGAUUGCCGACAGAUACCCUGCUGUCUUGUACUACCAUCUACAACCUCAUCU